AUGCGACGUCCCAAUGUUCCCAAGAAACGCAAGACCUCUCAUGAUCACUGUCAACCCGAUUAUAAUGGCCGUUCGAGUAAUGUUUUUACCUCGAAGCCUACCGCCGUUUUUACCCCAUCUGGUGGCCGAUCGCAUACAUUGACUGUCGCUAUCCCAGGCAGCAUUGUGGCCAAUGCUCAUUCUGUGGAGCAGAAGACUCUCUUGGCCGGUAUCAUCGCACGUGCUCUCGCCGUCUUUUGUGUUGAUGAGGUAGUGGUGUUUGAUGACGAUGAGAAUAGCCCGCACGAUGAGUACUACGGCCAGGGAGAUUAUUACGAGUCCCCUAUAGACAAAACGAGUGACGAGCUCAAUGGCAACGACCACUCCGCCAAACGGUAUACCGCAUACUCGGACCCAUCGCAUUUCCUAGCGCAUAUACUUUCAUACCUCGAGACCCCACCAUAUCUUCGUAAACACCUCUUUCCGAUGCACCCCAAUCUUCGUGGAGCUGGAUUACUUCCCAGCCUCGAUAUGCCGCACCAUCUUCGCGCCAACGAAUGGUGUGACUACCGUGAAGGAAUUGUGAUAUCGAGUUCCGAUGGUGGGGGGCAGAGGAGGCUUAGUACACAGAUGAGCAGCUAUCAUCAUAACCGUCGUCAUUCAUCCAGUAGCUCUACUAGUUUUAAUGCUACCGUGGUCGAUACCGGUCUUCCUAAGAAGGUCGUCCUCCCGGACAUCCAGCUGCCCGAAUAUGCCCGUGUAACCGUCCGGUUCUCCGAGCGUGGUCCCGAGCAUUAUGCGCAGCCCGUACAUCCUUCUACUCCUCGUUCUGAAGCUGGGUACUAUUGGGGCUACUAUGUGCGUCGCUGCCGAUCCUUGUCGUCUGUGUUCACUGAAUGCCCAUUUGACGGUGGCUACGACCUCUCCUUUGGAACGUCCGAGCGAGGCGCCCCCGUCUAUUCGGUUCUAGAGGAAGAGCGACAAGAGCAUGACAAUUAUGACCGGCGGAAAAUUCCCCCGGACUACAAGCACCUCCUUGUUGUGUUCGGUGGUAUAGCAGGGAUCGAAGCGGCAAUUCACAAUGACCCUCAACUAUGCGACAUGGACAUUAGCCCGACUGAAGCUGGGAAGCUUUUCGAUUACUGGGUCAACCUUCUUCCUGGCCAAGGGAGCAGAACCAUCCGCACCGAAGAGGCCGUUUGGCUGGGCCUGACAAGUUUCCGGGGCUUAGUGGAAGGUACUCACCGGCCGAGACCAUCGUAUAAAUCGAGCAGCUUUUAA